CCGUCUGACACACCGUAGGCUACUGAAGACGGUGGAACCAGUGGAACAAUUGUUCUAUUUCUGUCAUUAUAGUUGCUCUACUCAGCGGAAUUGACUUCAGGAAAGCAGUCGAAAAUGCCUUCAAUAAAAGAGUUUAACUUGAGUUACGAUAUAAUUAAUGAACAUGAUACAUUUUCUGAAGGCGACUGUAUAUCUGGAAGAAUUACUUUGGAGUUAAUAAAGGAAACCAAAGUGGAAAGCCUUUUCAUCAAAGUCAAAGGGGACGCAAAUGUCAAUUGGACUGUUGACAGUGAUGACAACACUUGCUCUGCUCACAACAGAUAUUUCAAACUGAAGAAAUUAAUGAUUAAUGAAAAUCCUCAAGGUAACAUACUCCCCCCUGGUAUCCAUAUCUAUCCAUUUAGCUUCCAAAUUCCAGAAGGAAGCAUGCCAUCAUCCUUCAAGGGUCCACAUGGCAAGAUAGUGUACAAACUGGAAGCCAAGCUGGUUAGGGGUUGGCUAAAGACACGCGACUUGGUGAAGGAAAUCACCUUUGUCUCCAAGGCUGACUUGAACCAUGUCCUACUAAUGUCUCCUCAGCAUGGUGUGAAGGACAAGUCAAUGAGCUGUCUUACCUCAGGACAUGUCAUCAUGGAUGUCCAUGUUGAAAGGAUGGGUUACAUGCCAGGUGAGAUGGUGAAUAUCUGUGCAAACAUCGAGAACAACUCCUCCCGUGACCUUAAGCCCAAAUUCAGUCUGAAGCAGAAAAUUACUUUCAUGGCUUCUGGCUGCACAAAGAUAGAAGAAGAAACAGUCUGCAAAGUGGUCAGAGAACCUAUGCCGUCCAAAACCCGACAAAGUGUUGCAGGGACAUUGAAGAUACCUGCUGACCAGGACUUGUCCAUCCUGAACUGUAACAUCAUAAGAGUAGAGUACAUACUAAAGGUAUACUUGGACAUUCCUCUUGCCAAAGACCCUGAAGUCAAGUUUCCAUUGGUUAUUAUCCCUUCCAGCUUUCAGUCUGACCUAUCACCAGGCAGUCCUGUCCUCGGGUUUGAAGAAUUCGGGAAAGGUGGUCCAAGCAACAGUGACUUCCCUUGUGAUACAGCCUUUGGACCAUAUCCUCCUGUCUCGGCUCCAGGGGGAGGCCUAUAUCCGCCUGUCCUGCCAGUGUACCCUGAACCUGCAGCCGUGGGAGGAAGUUAUCCCCCUGACCCACAGCCAACAUACCCAUACCCAACUGGCCCAGUUUUUCCUCCACCUACGUUUAAUACAUUAAUAUCCACCCCAACAAUGCACCCACCCCUCUCUUCUCAAGAGCUAGACCAACCCCCAUCGUAUGGUUCCCUCUUCCCUCCAUGUGCACCUGAAACAUCUCACCCUAAUACCCUAUAAACACUCAUAUUUGACAGAUGUGAGGCCUUAUGAUUAGUGCUGCUAUAUAACUACCUACCUGUUACAAUAAUCAAUAUUGAAGUAGGUUUGUAAUGCCAUUGUUAUGUAACCCACAGCCUUAACUGAAUUGCUAUACUGUCUCAAAGACUUUUCUUUAAAUAAUAAUGUGUCAAUCCAGAUCGGCCAUUAUGUGUCUGCAGCAAAUGAGAACAAUAAUCAGUAAAGCUACAUCUAAGAAGCUAUGCAAAAAAUAUGACUCCAGACAUAUAACAUCUGUAUGGCUUUAAUGUCAUUGUUAUUGGUCGAGUAAGGUGAUUGUUCAGAUCUAGUUUUCAUCACCUGCGCUGUUCAAUAAAUAUCUUCUGACUCUG